AUGGAAGACCGCCAUAUGGAAGACUACCAUGUAAAAGACUGCCAAAUGGAAGACCAUGUGGAAGACCGUCAUGCAAAAGACCACCAUAUAGAAGACCAUGCGGAAGACCACCAAGUGAAAGACCAUGUCAAAGACCGCCAUAGAGAAGACCACCUUACAAAAGACCACCAUGUGAAAGACCGCCAUGUUAAAGACCACCAUAUGAAAGAUCACCAUGUGAAAGUCCAUGCGGAAGAUAGCCAAGUGGAAGACUAUGUGGAAGAUUGCCAUGUGGAAGACCACCAUGUGAAGGACCACCAUGCAGAAGACCACUAUGCAGAAGACCACCAUGUAGAAGACCAUGAAAAAGACCGCUAA